UUGGGGUGGGUGACGCGCGUGCGCACAUACCGCCCGGUGCCGAAAGGAGCAUAGUUGUUUGCUGCCGUGUGGGUGAAAGUCGCUCGUCGCUAUGAAAGCUGUCUGUGUGCUGAGUGGGCCCGGCGAGGUCGUUGGGACCGUUAACUUUGAGCAAGCUGUAGAUGAACCUGUGACUAUGAAAGGAAGCAUCACUGGGUUAAGCCCUGGGAAACAUGGAUUCCACGUUCAUGCUUUUGGGGAUAAUACAAAUGGUUGUAUCAGUGCAGGACCACACUUCGAUCCUUUUAAAAAAAAUCAUGGUGGACCAAAUGACAAAGAAAGACAUGCUGGUGAUCUUGGCAAUGUGGUGGCUAAUGACCUUGGAGUGGCCAUGAUUGAACUGAAGGAUAAAGUUAUCAGUCUAUCAGGAGAUAUGUCCAUUAUUGGUCGUACACUUGUGGUUCAUGAGAAAGAAGAUGACUUGGGCAAAGGAGGAAAUCCAGAAAGCAGCCGAACUGGAAAUGCUGGACCACGCUUAGCAUGUGGUGUGAUUGGAAUUGCCCCGUGAAUGAAAUGUAAUAUCUCCUCGGAGUAGCGGUGUGAUGAAUCACUCAUAAUUGUUCUUAGGUUGGCAAGCUAAAUUUAUUGGUAGCUAUUAGUUUAAUGUACAGCUAAUUUGAAUGUCAAAUUAUUCACUAUAACGUUGAAAUAUGUAAUUUGAUCUAAACCAGUGAAUCUGCUUUAAUUUUUUUUAAGUGCAUUGGAUUAAUCGUAAAUACAGAAUUUGAAGGUCAUAUUCUGCUGGAUCUUGAUUGCUUGCCUCAACACUUGUUUUGCUAUAAAAAAUGCAAGAUGUACCCCUCUCAAUGGAGGCACUGAACAAUGCAUUGUCAAAUAAAUCAAAUAAAGUGUCCUUGACUUUCAGUAUCAAAA